AUGUUGGAAGGUUUAGUGGCUUGGAUAUUGAACAAUUACUUGGGAAAAUAUGUUCAGUUAAACACAGAUCAGCUGAGUGUGGCACUUUUAUCAGGAAAAGUAGAAUUAGAAAAUCUACCAUUGAAAAGAGAUGCACUUCGUCAUCUUGGAUUACCUGUUGUAAUCAAAUCAGGAUUCAUUGGUAAAGUGAAUUUACAAGUUCCAGUUGGCCAGAUCCGUUCAGCACCAUGGGUAAUAGCUAUUGAACAGCUAUAUUUAGUUGCUAGCCCCUUAUCAAUUGAUGAGUGGGAUCAUGAAACGGAAGAAUUGGCAAGACACGAAUGGAAGCUCAGUGCUCUGGAUGCACUGGAAGCUAAAUGGCGAUUGGAAAGGGAUGUUCACGACACCAAUUCUGCUUAUUAUGCAACAUCGUAUUCUUCUUGGUUCAGUUAUGGAGCUGGUUUGGUUUCAGAGAUCAUUGAAAAUCUACAGUUGAGGAUACAGGAUGUGCAUAUUAGAUACGAAGACUCAACUUCCAUCUCUACACCGAUUUCAUUCGGCAUCACGCUGCAGUCGCUGGUCGCUCAGAGCUGCGACAGCAACUGGUUGCCGGGUUUUAUUCACACCAACAAAAGUGAAGAGUCGUUCAAGCUGCUCGAUAUACAGAAGUUCGCGAUAUACUGGAACACGGUUAACAAAGAAGAUCUGUUGUCUGACUCGAGUCCCGCCGAACUCGCUGAGGCUUUGAAUAGCAAUAAAUUGAAACAAAAUAAUGGGCAGUACAUAAUUCCGUUUGUGAGUGCCCAUGCUCAUCUAAAAAGGCACCGUAGUACACAGCCCCUACGAAGCUCCACCCCUAGAAUAGUCUGUGAUUUAUCAUUGGAAGAAGUUCCUUUAACAUUGAGUGAUAGGCAAUAUAAUCAAAUAGUGGCUUGUCUGCGUGGCUUAGAAGACGUUGACAGGUUACGUAAAUAUCGUCAAUAUAAGCCGGUUCUGCCGGUCAAAAUGGAUCCCCGUGCUUGGUGGUUAUACGCGAUAAGCUGCUGCUAUCCCGGUAAGCAACCUGCCAUAUGCAGGCCGAAAGUCACUUGGGAAAUUUGCCUGAAGAAGGCGAAAGAGAACGUCCGCUACGUUAAAAUCUGUAUGAAACUCUUGAUCGCCCCUACUACAACUUUAGGGGUCGAAGAGAAGAAAGUCAAGGAUGAAAUCGAAUGGACUAGGGAGUAUGAAGAAUUGAAGGUGUUGAGAGAGGUAGCGAUGGCCUCAGUCACGUUGCCAACUCCGAAUUCGACCAGUAGCAGAUCGACCGGUCAGAGCAUGCUGGUGAAUUGGUUUCCGAACUGGAUGGGUUGGUAUUCUUCUUCCUCUUCUUCAGUAGAAGUUACCGAUACUUCCUCCACGGAAGCGUCCCAGUUGGAAGGGGAGAUAUUGCAAGUACUGGCGGACUCUGCAGAGUACAACACGAUUUUCAAGCGCGAUGUCGUCUUCGGCCAGUUCAAUUUUUGCUUGAAAUUCGGCACGUUGAGUUUGUGUGCUGUCGAUGAAGUAACUAAUGUCAGUGUGCCUAUGCUGGAAUUGGAGUACAAAAACCUCUCGCUGAGCAUCCUGAGCAAGCCGCGAUCAAAUGCCCAUUCGGUCGAGAUAUCGUUGGGAGCAGUGUAUCUGAGAGACAAAAUAACGCCCAGCAGCAUGUUCCCCAUUCUGGUGGGGCCGCCAGGGCUGGACAGGACGUCCCAUCCCUGGAACCGAGUUUCCAGUCCGCGCGUCAGCGUCACCGGGGUCAAUAGAAGCGGGAUGGGAGACAUCGGAGAUAACCUGUUUUAUUUGGCGUAUGAAAAGAAACCACCAAAUUCAGGCUGUGAUUAUAGGUUAAGUGUUAAAUCUAAGUGUUUAGAUGUAGUAUACCAACCAAAUGUGCUAAAAUGGGUGACGGAAUUCAUUUGUUUGCCUCACCAACGAGACAUCACACAAUCUCAAAUAGAGGCUAUGAAAAAUAGAACUAAGAAAGAGUUUAUCAAAAAUUGGGAGCAUAUCCUAGAAGGAAGAAUCGUUACUAGGACAUCAUGGGACUUGGACUUGGACAUAACGGCACCGCAAAUUAUAUUCGUAGAACAAUUCACUGAUCAAAAUUCUGCAAUGGCUGUGAUAGAUUUCGGUAAAUUCCAGCUGAAGAACAACAUAGGGAAUGUUGAGUCCGAGAAAGUAGAACCGUUGAGGAAGGAAAGUGAAGAUCUCGAAAUGUUCCUAACCCCUUGCUCAACACCCCCCGUUAGCGAAGAAAGCGACAUAGAAAUCGUCAAAAACGGCGAACAAGACUUCCCCAUCAACGAAUCGAACAUUCACAACAAACUCUACGACUGCUACUCCCUGGAACUCACCGACAUGCAAAUCCUGCUGGGCAAAGCCAAAGACAACUGGAGGUACGCCCUGAGCCGGGGCUUCUCCAACCUCCACUUGCUCGACAGAUUCAGCAUAUCUCUCCAAGUAGAGAGGAGAGUAGUGUACACUUCGGAUCCACACUUCCCCAGUCUCACGGUCAAUGCCAAUCUUCCCAAACUGUUCGUUCACAUCAACGAAAAUAAGAUUGCUACUGCGAGGAAUCUGUUUCAUCUCAUUACUGUUACUGGGCUGCCGUCCCCUUUGAAAACGGCGCCUGACGUUGCUGAGAAUGACAUUGACACGGGGCAGGAUGAGGAAUCCGUGUGUUUGGAUUCGAAUUCCGAGCUGUCUAGGCUCAUUAUAAUGCAGUUCACGGUUGACCAGAUGUCUUUGGAGAUACAGAGCAGAGGCAGGAGUAUAUCGGAACUGCAAGUGUCCGGCGUCAAGGUGGCAGUAACGAAAUGCGCCAUGGAGCUGAGCGUGGCGCUCACCGUCCACAGCUUGCUCCUCGUCGACGCUCUGCAGACCUUCGGCGGCGACUUCGAGCUGCUCGUCGCCAGCCACAAGCACGUCGGCAUGGACUCUGUGUCGGGCAGCAUGCUGGACAGCGAGCCGACGUCGCCCACUUCGCCCGCCAGCCCUGAUCCGGGGGUGGGGCGGCAGGGCGGGGCCACGUCACCGCUGGCGUUGACACAGGCGUUGAGCACGCUGGCAACGUCGCCUUUCGAGGCGAUGCAAAAGGAGGCGGGGACGGAUACGGAGGCGCUGAUUUCGGUGGAGGUGGUGCUGAAGAGCGGGCCGGAGCCGAUCCAGAUUGCCAAUAUACAGUUCAAUAAUUUGGAUAUUAUUGCUAACCAGGAAACAAUAGUCGAACUCAUAGGUUUCAUCAGAAGAGUUUUCCCAAAAUCCCAGAAACCAGAAUCUUACAAGCUAUUCCCAAAAGCAUCACUGGUAGUUCAGGAAUCCACCGAAUCACUGCUAGAAGAACCAUCAAAUACAGAUAUUGGAUCUACCGAGAUCACCUUUGAUUUCCACCGCCUGAAUGUCCUCUUGCUGAGAGGCGAAAUAAGAGAUGGGAACCUUCACGGAAAGAAAAUCUGCACGGCGACUAUGAGCAAAGCCAAAAUAAAAGCUACAGUCGGCUCAAAAAUAGAAAUGGGUGGGUCCUUAGGUGGUUUACAAGUGCUCGAUUUGACGCCAGAGGGACAACUGCAUCAGAGAAUAGUCAGCGUGGGUUACGACCCUCUCUUAGAACCAAUACACACCCUCCGCCUGAUAUCGUCUUCAGGUGAUGAGGAAGAAACGGCCUUCAAAUUCAACAUCGUCAGGGACUUGGAAAAGAUCGAUGAAGGCAAAGACACAGCUGUGAUAAUGAUACGCAUGGCUUCAUUGUGGUACACCCAUUCGCCGUACUUCAUUGCAGAACUGCAGUCUUGCGCCAACGAGUUCAAACAGUACCUUUCAAACUUGGCAAGGUCGAUAAAGUCGGCUGCAACUGAUAUGGCUCUAGGACUGGUUCAUGCUAGAGCAGAAGCUCUAGCUGAGACCUUGAACAUGAGCAAAAAACUGCCUAACUCGAUCUAUAGCAGUGCGUUGUCUUUCUCAGAAAGCACCUCACCUAGCAAGAAGAGAAGAAGACGCUACAGCUCGAACGAACCAUCUGGCUAUGCUUCCGCAAAAGAUACAUUUCCACAAACACCUCAUAGCCCAGCGGAUCUAGAUGAUCUGAUUUUGAACGUGAAGUUGGACAUUGAGUUUGCCAGUCCGGUAGUUGUCUUGCCACGUUCGAACUCCAGCUCUGAAGUUUUUGUGGGCCAUUUGGGAAAAAUAAACAUCACUAACACUUACACGGACGAGAUGAAAACAAACAUCAAUAAUGGUGAAUAUAGUGAACAUAGGUCAGAAAGCUACGUUAUAGAAAUCAGAGAAAUGAACAUUUGUUCAGUUGAUACGAGCUCGAGAAGGGUACCGGCAGGCAGCAGUGCUAUUCCUAGACCUGAUAUCCUGUAUGAUUGCACAUCGGAGGCUACACCCAUAUUACACGAUACAAAAUUGAAAUUGAAGGUUGAAAGGGAAAUAACUAAGUUGCUGUCUACCAGGCACAACAGCGAGGCUAGCUUAGUUCUAGACGAAGUUGACAAUGACAUAAACAACUACUACAACUGUGGAAGAUCAAUUCAAGUGACUGGAAGUAUUGUAACAGCUCUCAAAUUAUCUUUGACUAGAUUACAGUACGAACAGAUCAUAGACACCAUCCAAUGGUUCACUUCUUCGCCUCAGCUGAGUGAUUUACAAGGCAUCUCUAGGGCCCAUCUGAAGCUACCCAAUGCUCUAGCGGAUAUUAAUGAAGACGAUACUGGAGUGACGACUCUGAACAUGGACCCGCACGUACGUGCUAAGCUUUUUCCUACGUUCAGCUCUCACUUGAAGAACCAACGGCAAAACAAUUCGUAUGAAAUAAGAGUGUUCUUCGAUAUUCCAGUAUUCUCGAUUGAACUUCGAGGACAUUCUUCAGUCGGUGAUAGAGGUUUAGUGGAUCUUUCUUUCCGUGAUUUCGCUUUCAACUACGAUAAAUGUCACAGGUACGAAACCAACAUCCAGAUUUCGUUGCGUUCCAUCCUGAUGGUAGAUCUGCUCCAACCUGUUGGAAGUAAACAGCGGGCAAUGGUGAUUUCGUCGACGGAUAUCGAUGGUCCUCCUUCUUCGACAGGUGUUUCAAGGUCAUGUCCUGACGUUACCUACACUCAGUAUUUGAGAAGUUCGGCGCACGGAUCGUUGCCAGAUCAUUUAGAAGCUGCCGAGAUAUUCGGCAUGGAAGCUAUGAACAAUUCUACGUAUACUCCUGUGAAUAAAAAUGAAGAUUAUCCUUGUACACCGCCACCUAGUCCUCUGGGACAGAGAAAUGUCCCGGAGAAAAAUUUAGUUCUGAUAAGCAUCUUACUGGCGGAUAAAGAUGCACCGAACUUUCAAGAACACUAUGGUGGCUGUCAUAAGUCGAUAUCUGUCGACUUCAACUGUCUGGAUUUGGUUAUCAGCGUUAAAUCUUGGGUGGUUGUUCUAGAUUUUUUCAAUAUCUCAUCGAAACCCGAUGAACCUGCACCAAAAAACAUGGAUUCUAGUUCUGAUGAGCCUGUAGUGCCACCCAGUAGGGAAAAAGAAAUAACGAACAUUACGGUGAGGUCGUUAACCGUAGUUUUGAUAGAACCGAAUCGUGACAUUGCUAAAGCGAAUAUUUCGAAUGUUGAAAUCGAAAUAAAGUCGACAGGAAUUUUCAAAGAAGUCGAUGGGAAAUUGGGAUCCAUGUCAUUGCAAGAUUUAACAUUGGAUGGUCAGCUGUAUAAAGAAAGGUUCAUGACUUCAGGGAGGAAGGUACUCCAGUUUCGAUACGUAAGGCAUCCACCAGACAUUAGGAAAAAUUAUGAUGCUCAGUUGACUUUGGAUAUGGCAUCUGUGAUAUAUGUUCACACAAAAAGAUUUAUAGCAGAAAUUCUAGCAUUUUUUAAUAACUUUACCGAACGUCAACAGAUGGUUGUUAAAGGGAUUCAAGCUGCUACGAGUGGUCAACAGAUGAGGGAUGAACCUCUACGACUCUCUCUAGUACUAGAAGCUCACUCGCCUAUGAUCCUACUGCCGGUGAGUUCAGAUUCCCCGGAUUUACUUGUCGUGGAUCUCGGACAGCUUUUGGUCACCAACAAGUUCAAGUUUUCCGGAGACGGAGGCACCAUCAGCAUGAUAUCAAACAAUUCCGACAGAAAAUGUCUGCUCGACGUCAUGAACAUCCAGCUGGAAAACAUGGAUUUGUAUGCGGGGAUCAAGGAAACUCGACCGAGGUCUUCUAAAAGACUAGCCCUUUCCUCUGAACGACUCAAACUCGGAACCAUCGUAGUAGUGAAAGAUGGCCGUUCGCUCCUCACGAAAAAGUUCCGGUUUCGUAUACAGGUCGAACAGAAUUUGCACAAAAAAGAGUGCCACGUUGUGCCGGAUUUGAGCAUUUACGGCAAUUUGUCUACCAUAGAUGGCACUCUGGAUCUGAAACAGUACAGACUGAUUAGAGGUUUGUUGGCCUUCAAUUUGGGAGAGGAUACUGAGAAGAUUUAUCCGUCUGUUUCUUCGAAAAGUAAUAGUGCACAGACUGACAUGAAUGAUGACUGGAAAUUAUCAUCCAUAAGAUUGGACAUGCAGAAUGUGACUCUAUCUCUCGUCAAAUCCCAUAUCGAAAUUUCACCGCUUGCCCAAAUCAACUUCAUAAAAUCACAUUUAACAGUAGAGAACUACAGUAAUUUCUGCCAAGAUAUUGAUCUAGUAUCACGUGAGAUACUUAUAUCAGACAGUCGUUUCAGUGGGGUCCAAACUACUAACCACCAAAACGUAUUCACCAACAUUUUACAACCCAUGAAACUGUCGACUGAUAAAGACCUAGUGCAGGCUGAAGUCCACAGUAGAAAGAGGCAAGAAUAUCACAAAGUCACUGUGCUUCUUAACGAUAUACGAUUGAUGGCUAUUUUCGAUUGGUGGGAAUCAAUGAGGGACUACAUAUUCCAAAACAUAGAAAACAAGCCCUAUGAAAACAAAAUUUCAUCCGCUUCGGAGAGUGUAGAUGAAAGUGUCCAGUUCGACUUGAAAUUGAAUAUAACAGACUCUGAGAUAGUGGUGGUUCAAGAUUCAUCACAGUGGCACACGAAUGCUGUCAUACUAAAGAGUACAACAGUUCUGAAGUAUCGGCCUCAUAACACUGAAAAACCUUUGUCUUGUAGUUUAAACAAUUGUGAAAUGUUUUCCUGCAUGUUGGGAAUGGAAGAUGAAACUGCUCUGUCAAUAAUAGAUCCUGUCACAUUGAGUCUAGAGAUGAACAAAGACAAUACUUUGGAGGUUCAGUUUUUGCUACUCGUUGUUAGGUUGUCAUAUCACGAUGUGUGCUUGUUCACACAAAUACUGAAUUCUUUACCAAAACAGCUGUUUUCCAGUACUGAAAGUGUUCAAACACUACAGAUUCAAGAGCAGAUUGCAGCUUUGACUGUUUUGGGAUUCCAAACUGAAGAUUGUCUCAAAGCUAUAGAGAAAUGUGGAAAUAGAAUUGACGAUGCAGCAAUUUGGCUUACAAUGAAUGCUAAACCAUCGGAUAACAAUGUGGCAAAAUUGAAGAUUACUUCUGGCAUUAAAGCAAUCGAGGUUAAAGGUAAUCGGAUUUCUGUUUGUGUCAUUGACGAUUGUGGAGACUCAGAUGUUCCUCUAUUGGAAUUGUCUUUGACUGAAUUCAACUUCAAGCAGUUUUUGUCGAAGUUGAACUCGAUUGAUUAUUCACCACCACAGGGAUUCAUUGACGGUUAUUUAGCAAGUGAUUACUACAACAGGGUUCUGUCUGGUUGGGAACCCAUACUAGAACCGUGGAAAUGUAAAAUAAGUUGGGAAAAGAACAUUUCCCAGGUACAUUGGAAAAACAAGCUCAGUGUCAAAGUCGAAUCUGAUGAUACUCUCGAUAUCAACGUAACCUCAACUGUCAUCGAUCUCUACCAACAAGUGAAGGACAACUGGAUGAAAGACUAUUACAACGUGAGGCCGAAUGACGUCGGCUCGUCCAGUGUGGACAACAUCCGAAGGAGAUCGCCGUUUGUGCCUUACGCGCUCAAAAACGAUACCGGCUCUACUUUGCAUUUCACGACAUUAGUGACAGCUAUGGAUAGCUCCAAGUCGACAGUGGUUUCCGAAUCGUAUGAAAACUGGGUCAUCGUUUGUCCUGGGGAAACUGUGCCGUUUUCUUUCACAUCCAGAGAUAAAAUAAGACAUCAGGAUUCUCAUAAAACGAGAAUGCACCAGCUUGGAGUGAAAGUCGAAGGUUGGCAAUGCCUACAACCGGUUGCUGUUGACAGAGUAGGUGUAUUUUUCAGAGAUACACCAUCAGAACGCCAAUCUAGAUCAAUCGACUGCCCGCCUGCCAGGAUAGUAUUCGACGUCACCCUGGAAGGCUCCGCUCGCAAGCUGGUCACCGUCCGCUCGGCGCUGCUAUUGGUCAACUACCUGCCGCAGGCGCUGGAAGUCAAGCUGGAGAGCCGGCCGCCUCGCGACGCCUUCGAUCCGUGGACGCCGAGCCGGUCGUUCGUGAUUGGCUCGAAGGCGACGCUGGCUUUGCCGCUGGUGCACACCCACUCGCAGAUCAACGUGAGGCCAACUGGUUCACCACACCAGUACACAUUCUGCAUGCCUUCUAUUAAUUGGACGCAGACGGCUGACAGCGAUGCUAGUCGAGUGUAUGAGUUGGCGACCUGCCAUACACAUAAAGGUCACAAUUAUAGAUUCUGCGCGGAAAUUAUUAGGGAAAACAUAUCACACAGUAUUAUUAGUUCAAGAUAUGUACAACCUGCUCAUAGAAUACAUUUGUUACCCACUGUCAAAUUGGAGAAUCUUCUCCCCGUUGAUAUUUCCUAUGCGCUAUCAGGUGAAAAAGGUAGCAUCAAAGCCGGCUCUAUCGCUUCAAUCACUAGCGUGGAUCCUGAAAAAGUAGUCGAAUUGGAUUUUCGAUUAGAAAACUUUCGUACCUGCAACUCGGUCGUAGUACCAGUCGGUUGCUCCACCGAGUCCACGUGUCGAAUCAAACUCGAAGACAACCGUCAAAGGAACCUUUACUUAUUAGGAUGUGUGUACCCGAACAAGGGGGCCAAACUCAGGAUAACCAUAUCGGCUUACUAUUGGAUCCUGAACAGGACCGGUUUACCUCUCGUUUUCAGACAGUCUGGAACGUCACUCGAAAGUGCGGGGCAAUUCGAGGAGCACGAACAAGCUCGGAUGAUAACCCCGUUGCUUUUCAGUUUUUCUGACCAAGACGGCAGUCCCACCAUAAACGCCCGAGUCGGGAAAAGGGUCGUUUGGGACGGCACACCUCAGUGGUGUGCGAACUUCCACGUGCAAAAAGGCACCCAAUACCGCAAACUGCACGUGAGCAUGCGCGACGGCAAACCGGACACGGUCUUCGUCGUGGGCCUCGAAGUACGACCGGGCCGUGGCAAGUACCGAUCCACCACCAUCAUCACGAUCUCGCCCAGAUAUCAGCUGUACAACAGAAGCUGCUACCGGCUGCUGUUCGCCCAAUCGAGCUGCGUCAAGGGUUCAGCGGCGAGCCGGACCGCCUGCCUGAAGGCGGUGCCCGACUCGCAUCUGCCCUUCCAUUGGUCCAACUUGCAGAAGGAGCAGCUGCUGUGCGUGUCCAUCGAGGACGUGCCGGGGUGCUGCUGGUCCGGGGGGCUCAGGAUCGAUACCAACAAUUCGAUGCACGUGAAUAUUCGCGACUCCAACGGCCGCGUGUACUUCCUACGCUUGGAAGUGCUGCUGCAAGCCGCCACCUUCUUCGUCGUCUUCACCGACGCCGACAAAAUGCCGCCGCCCAUCCGAGUCGACAACUUCUCCGAGGUGUCGAUCAUGUUCGGCCAGAGCUGUCACGUGGACUUUGCGCACAGCACGGCGCGUGCGCACUCCAGCGUGCCGUACGCCUGGGACGAGCCGACUAAGACGCAUUCGAUGCGGCUGGUGGCGCCCGGCGGCGUGUGGAACGACUACGGCAUGGGUGGUUUGGGUUCGGCGCCGGGGCUGACGUACGAGAAUUUCAUUUACAUUGCCUUCGCCGGGACUUUCAAGAAUCCUCGCGGAAUCAGAGAUCCAAAUGACGUGGAAAGUCAAGAGUUAGUUUUGGACGUAGUGAAACACACCAAAGUGAUCUUGGCUCACAAGAUACCUAGCGAAAGAUCCCAGUUGUGGAGGAUGACGUCAGAAGGUUAUCUGCAGCAUGAAGGUAGCAAUCCCCCGUUGCCUCCCGGUCAGCCGCAAAGUCGCGACAGCAUCCUCGUGUUGGACAUCGAGAGCACCGCCCCGCAGCCCAACACCUACUCGCGGUUGAUGUUGCGGCGAAUCGAUCCGAGAAGGAAGUCGACGCAGAAAUGGAGGUUCACCGAGGACGGCAGAUUGUGUUGCGACCAUUGCAACAUGUGCGUGCAGGCCGUGGACGGGUUUUACGGAUUGCGGCCAGGCAACGCAGCCGUCCUAGGCCUCCCGCAGCCGGUGUGCUACAAGCUCACCGACCGCGGCGUGCCCAUCGAGCACUGCAUCGAGCGACAGCGCCUGCGCCCCGGCUCCGGCUUCCUCGCCGUGCACGUGCACAUGGACGGGCCCACGCAGGUCGUCAGCGUGAAGGACCUCAAGGAGAAGCGGACGUACGCCGCGCCCGACGAGCGGGAGUGGGGCGCCAUUUCUGUGGAUCAACGGCCGAAUUUGGCAGUGGACGAAGCCGGAGAUGGUAACAGUAAUGACAUGGAGAUGCAGUUCAGAGUGCAUCUGAGAGGACUAGGCAUCAGUUUGGUGUGCAGGAAGACACCGGAAGAACUGCUGUAUUCGCAUUUCUCGACAAUCGUUGCCGAGGCUUCACUGACAUCGCAGAGCAAUCAGUUUUGUAUUAGCAUCAAGGAUAUACAAAUUGAUAAUCAGCUCAUGGACACUUCAGUUCCAGUUAUAAUGUAUAUAACGCCAGUCAGUUCGAAAAAUAAUUUGGAAGCUCAAGAUCAUCUACCAGCGCUGGAUUUCAAUGCGGAAAUGCAGAAAAAACUUAACGAAAAUGCAGUGAUCUUCAAGCAUUUGAUGUUGAGAUUGAAGAAAAUAACAACUAUAAUCGAAGAACGAUUGCUAUUGAAGCUGUGUGAUUUCAUGGGAAUCCAUUCUCAAGGGGAAGAGUUGAUCAAUAGGGAUGAAAAUGAUUAUGAGACACAGAAGUUGCUUUCUGAAGUAACUGCGGUACAUGCGAAAAGGUAUUAUUUUGGCGUUAUUAAACUGACGCCAGAUCAGAUAAGGUUGAGUGUGAGAACCGCCAGCAAACUACCAGAUCAUUUGCAAAGGAUCAAAAGGAAGCUGGGGCUGACUCUGAUCAAGUUCGAAGACGCCGCCAUCGAUUUGGAAGCCUUCGAACGGAGACACCCGUUCGAAACCAGCCAGUUCCUAUUCAAGUCCAUUAUAAAACAUUUCAAAGAUGAACUGAAAUGGCAGGCCGGCAUCAUCCUCGGCUCGGUGGACUUCAUCGGCAACCCGAUCGGCCUGAUGAACGACGUGUCCGAAGGCCUUUCCGGCUUCAUCUACGAGGGCAACGUCGGCGCGCUGGUGAAGAACGUCACGCACGGCAUGUCGAACUCGGCCGCCAAGAUCACCGAGUCGCUGAGCGACGGGUUGGGGCGCGUCGCGAUGGACGAGGGACACGAGGAGAUCAGGCAGAAGAUCAGGCAGGUGCAGAGCGGUAGAAGUUCCGAUCACAUCCUGGCGGGAUUCAAAGGCUUGGGCUUCGGUAUCCUGGGCGGAGCGACCGGCAUCUUCAAGCAGGUGUACGAGGGCGCCUCGAACGAGGGUUUCCAAGGGGUGUUCUCCGGCCUCGGCAAAGGACUGGUCGGGGCAGUGACCAAGCCCGUGGUGGGGGUGCUGGAUUUCGCUUCCGAAACAGCGAGGGCUGUGAGAGAUUCCAGUAGAAGUAAACUGAUGCCAGGCCGAAUAAGAUUUCCAAGAUGUGUUAAUGGACCUGGGGGACUUCUCCCAAAAUAUGAUGCCAGACAAAGCCAGGGGCAGCAGUAUCUCUAUACUGUGAAUGAAAAGAAUUAUGAAGAACAAUUGGUAUCGUUCCAAGUUCUCGGAAGUGCCUCAGAAGAUCUACUAUGUAUAGUGUCAGACAAGAUGAUUAGAAUAGUAACAAGUACAAGAUUACCGGAUUUGACAACUAUCAUUGAGUGUGAUUUAAGUAACUUGGAAACUUGCAACGUCAUAACUGAGAAGGAGCAAAACGAAUCUCGGUACUACAUCGAGAUAGUGAUGCACUACGCGGGGGUCAGUGCGGCCCUGGUGAACCCCGAUCCCAUCAAGAAGCCCCGAGUGAGAUGCCGCACGGCGGAUUUGGCCAAUUCGGUCGCGCGGCAAAUGAACUACGCCAAAAGAUUGUACAUAGAACGCCUUUACACGCUAACUAACGAUCAUUUUUCGGUGCCGGAAGACUGA